AUGCCCGCCGUCAUCGAGCACUCGGUCACUACGGAGGUGCCUGGGCCCAUGUCCAAGGCUAGCGCUAAGAAGCUCGACACCUUCUUUGACGCCCGUGCCGUGUAUUUCGUCGUUGACUACGAGAAGAGCUCCGGAAAUUAUAUCGUCGAUGUUGAUGGCAACAAGUAUCUCGAUGUCUACUCCCAGAUCGCCUCCAUCCCGGUUGGCUACAACAACCCCACUCUCAUUGAGGCUGCGAAGUCGCCCGAAAUGAUCUCCGCCCUUGUCAACAGACCCGCCAUUGGCAAUUUCCCCUCAGCAUUCUGGCACGACCUUCUUCAGGAUGGUCUGAUGAAGGCGGCUCCGGAGGGCCUGGACCAAAUCUUCACCGCCCAGUCCGGCUCCGAGGCCAACGAGCUGGCUUACAAGGCCGCCUUCAUGCUCUACCGUCGCCGUGAGCGUGGUGAGGCCGAAUGGUCCAGCGAGGAGAUCCAAUCUUGUCUCCAAAACACCGCCCCUGGCUCCCCCGAACUCGCCAUCCUUAGCUUCAAGAACUCUUUCCAUGGCCGAGGCUUCGGCAGUCUGUCUACCACCCGGUCAAAGGCCGUUCACAAGCUCGACAUUCCCUCUUUCAACUGGCCUCAGGCUUCUUUCCCUGCCCUGAAGUACCCACUAGAGAAGCACGCCACCGAGAACGACGCUGAGGAGAAGCGCUGCUUGGAGGAGGUUGAGAAGCUGAUCCAGAACUGGCACUGCCCUGUUGCUGCGAUCAUUGUUGAGCCCAUUCAGUCCGAGGGUGGUGACAACCACGCUUCUCCGGCUUUCUUCCAGGGUCUCCGUGACAUCACAAAGAAGCACAACGUUGUCAUGAUCGUAGACGAAGUUCAGACUGGUUUCGGUGCUACUGGGAAGUUCUGGGCACAUGCCCACUGGAACCUCACCUCUCCUCCCGAUAUCGUCACCUUCUCCAAGAAGGCCCAAACUGCCGGCUACUUCUUCGGCGACCGCAUGUUAGUCCCUGACAAGGCCUAUCGUCAGUUCAACACUUGGAUCGGUGAUGCUGCUCGUGUCAUCGUCUGCAAGGCCGUGAUUGAAGAGAUCCGCAACAAGAAACUUGUUGAACAAACUGCUCGCGUUGGAGAGCUUCUUUACUCCGAAAUGGAGAAGCUCGCCCAGAAGUACCCCGACCACGUCCAGAACCUCCGCGGCAAGGGCCGGGGAACCUACAUUGCUUUCGAUACAAAGAGUGCGGCAGCCGUUACAAGCUCGAUGAAGCGCCUCGGCGUCAACAUCGGCGCUUGCGGCAAGGAGACCAUCAGACUCAGGCCCAUGCUCAUCUUCGAGGAAGACCACGUUCCCAUCUUGAUCUCGGCGUUUGAGAAUACCUUCUCUUCUUUGUAA